CUGCCCGAGUGGAUUACAGCCGAGUGCGGAGCGCGAGGAACCGCCAGGGUGUGUGUCGCAGCCGCUCGUCUUCGGCGGUUUGCUAGGCUCCUAUUAUGGCGGCGGCGGCUGCGGCGGUUGCGGAGGAAGCGAGCGUGACCGCAGCUGUUUCAGGUGCCGACAGCAAUGGUGAGUCUCCUGAAGUCGAAGGAGAAGGUGUUGGAGCAGUGGGCCAAGAGAAGGACGCAGCCACGAAAGGAGCGGAGGCCGUUGGAGACAGCGAGGAGGACGGGGAGGAUGUGUUCGAGGUGGAAAAGAUACUGGACAUGAAGACGGAGGGGGGUAAAAUCCUUUACAAAGUUCGAUGGAAAGGGUACACAUCAGAUGAUGAUACUUGGGAGCCUGAGAUUCAUCUUGAGGACUGUAAAGAAGUUCUUCUCGAAUUUAGGAAGAAAGUUGUGGAGAACAAAGCUAAGCCAGUCAAGAAGGAUAUUCAGAAACUGUCCUUAAAUAAUGACAUAUUUGAGGCAAAUUCUGAUAGUGAUCAGCAAAGUGAGACAAAAGAAGAUACUUCUCCAAAGAAGAAAAAGAAAAAAUUGAGGCAUAGAGAAGAGAAAAGCCCAGAUGAUCUGAAAAAGAAAAAAGCAAAGACUGGGAAACUAAAAGAUAAAUCCAAACCAGACCUAGAGAGCUCUUCUGAAAGUUUAGUUUUUGAUCUAAGGACAAAGAAAAGAAUUUCGGAAGCCAAAGAAGAAAUAAAGGAAUCCAAAAAGCCCAAAAAAGAGGACACAAAAGAAACUAAGGAAUUAAAGAAAGUUAAAAAGGGUGAAGGAAGAGAUUUCAAGGCUAAAAUAAGAGAAGAUUCCAAAGAAAACAGAAAAACAAAAAAAGAGAAAUGUGUUGAAUCUCAGUUGGAAUCUGAAUCAAGUGUACUUAAUGACUCCCCUUCUCAAGAAGAUGACAAUGAAGAUUUUCAUUCUGACAACAGAGAAGAGAAACAGAAGAUUAAAAGUGCAAAAGACAAAGCAGGGCAAGAUGCAAUUCAGGAUGUUUUUGAUAAACAGCCAGAUGGCUCCGUGAGUGCCGAUGAAGAUGCUGAUGUCAAAGCAAAGAGAAAAAGGAAAAAACUGAGAAAGACUGAGGAACUCAGAGAGAGCAAAACACUAGAAAACAGGAACCUUUUCCUAGAGAAGAAACCUAUACAUAAGAAGCAAAGGAGUCAGGACAGAGGCAGAAGCACCACAGAGUUAGAUAAGCUGAUACCUGCACCUGCCCAGACACAGAAGAGUUCAAGAGCAGGUGUGGAAGAGAGAGGCCUCAGGUCUGCUGACUCAGCUGGGGAGGAGAAAGAGAUUAAAAAAAAUGAACCCAAAGAAAAAUACCAGAAAAGGCAGGAUUUGGACAAGGAAGAAAAAGGUCGUAAAGAGCCAAAGGGAUUAAAGACAUUUAAGGAAAUCAGAAAUGCAUUUGAUUUAUUUAAAUUAACUCCAGAAGAAAAAAAUGAUUUUCCUGAGACUAAUCGGAAAAGAGAAGAAAUACCACUAGAUUAUAAAAUCACAGAAGAUCACAAAACCAAGGAAAACAAGCAGUUACUUAAAGAAAGGAGAAAUACAAGAGAUGAAACUGAUACUUGGGCAUAUAUAGCUGCAGAAGGUGAUCAAGAGGUUCUGGAUAGUAUGAGCCAAGCAGAUGAGAAUUCUGAUGGCAGACAACAGAUUUUGAGUUUGGGCAUGGACUUGAAGUUGGAGUGGAUGAAAUUAGAAGACUUUCAAAAGCAUCUUGAUGGGGAAGAUGAGAGUUUUACUACAGCAGAUGCAAUUCCGAGUAAUUUAUUGAGGGAUGCUGUGAAAAAUGGGGAUUACAUUGCUGUGAAGGUUGCACUUAAUUCAAAUGAAGACUAUAACCUGGACCAAGAGGAUUCAAGCGGGAUGACACUGGUGAUGCUCGCCGCAGCCGGAGGGCAAGACGACCUGCUGAGGCUCCUCAUCAGGAAAGGGGCUAAGGUGAAUGGCAGACAGAAGAAUGGGACCACCGCCCUCAUUCACGCAGCCGAGAAGAAUUUCCUAACUACAGUGGCUAUUCUUUUGGAAGCAGGAGCUUUUGUAAAUGUCCAGCAGAGUAACGGUGAGACUGCUCUAAUGAAGGCCUGUAAAAGAGGAAAUUCUGAUAUCGUACGACUUGUGAUUGAAUGUGGAGCUGACUGCAAUAUUUUGUCAAAGCACCAAAAUAGUGCCCUGCAUUUUGCGAAGCAGUGUAACAACGUGUUGGUGUACGACUUGCUGAAGAAUCACUUAGAGACACUUUCAAGAGUAGCAGAAGAAACAAUAAGGGACUACUUUGAGGCACGUCUUGCUCUGUUAGAACCAAUCUUCCCAAUAGCAUGUCACCGUCUCUGUGAGGGGCCAGAUUUUUCAACGGAUUUCAAUUAUAAACCCCCACAGAACAUACCAGAAGGCUCUGGCAUCCUGCUGUUUAUUUUCCAUGCAAACUUUUUGGGUAAAGAAGUAAUUGCUCGGCUCUGUGGACCGUGUAGUGUGCAAGCAGUAGUGUUAAAUGAUAAAUUUCAACUUCCGGUUUUUCUGGAUAGCCAUUUUGUUUACUCGUUCAGCCCUGCUACAGGCCUCAAUAAACUCUUCAUAAGGUUGACGGAAGCGCCUUCUGCCAAGGUGAAGUUGCUGAUAGGCGCAUAUAGAGUGCAGCUGCAGUGACGGAACAGAGUCGGGAUGGAGUCCUUUCCAGACCUGUUUUAGGACCCUGGCACAGCUAACACCUCCAGAUUUGAAGUUUCAUCUGUAAACCUCUUGCAGUUUUGGGCUGGGUAUCUGUUACGGGCUGUGAGAUGGGACGUGGGGGUUCUAAUAUAUUCUGAAAUAGAGAUGUAUUUGUGCCAGUGUUCUCAAAUCUUGAUGUUGUCUCCAGACUGCAUACUUCGGUUUUUCCACAAUGUGGAAUGGUAUAUAGAAUUAUUUAAGAAAAUUAAAAGUCUCUUUUCUAACUUGAAA